AACCGCCCAGGUGGUCAGCGAGAUCACGACAGACUCCAACGCCGUGAUGACGGCCGUGGACAACGUGGACCCUGAGUACCAGAACACACAGGCUGGGCUGGCGUUCAAGGCGGCGCAAGGUGUCUUCUCGGGGGCAGUGCCGCAAAGAAGUCCUGACACCCGUAAAGUGAUCCUGUAUUUGGUCGACGGUACAGUGACAAACAAGACGGAGCUGACAAUUGAAGCUCAAACAAUCAGGCGGCGCGGAGUGGAGGUGUUUGCUGUUGGAUUUGCACCAGCCGCUUUGGAAAUCGAUCUACUCUUAGCGUCGGGAAAUCCCCAAAACAUCUUCCGAGUAAACAGCGACCUUGAACUGGAGUCAGGAGUGGGGAAUCUUACGGAUUUCUUAUGUCAGAGUCCUGUGUCCCUUACCUUCUAAUUAAGGUGUUCGAGGGGCUGACAGGAACAUUUGCAGCCCUUGGUCGGGCUCUGUGAAACUUACUCAACAGUGAACAAACGUGCUUGCUUAAGGCAGUCAGCUGUAUUUCUCGGUUUGAACCUUAACUGUUUCAGCUUAUCUAACCAUGCUUAAUCAAUACGGAGAAUAUUAAACCUUGUUUAACUACA